AUGUCGUCCCUCUACGCACAACCUGCGGAGCCCACGCGAGUUUACCUCCAGACUGACGUUGUCUACGCCGUCAACCGACUGAGGGAGAAAUUCCCGCAGAGCAUCGCCCGAGAAGACCUCAUAAACUACACGCUCCCGCAGCAGAAGCGCGACGACGCCACGGUCCAACAGUUCCUCGCCCAACUGAGCAUCAACCCCAAAGUCAACCACGACAAGGAGAAGGACGCCUACAUCUUCAAGCCCGAGCACAACAUCACGGACGCCGACUCGCUGCUGAAGUACCUCCAAAACCAAGACACCGCCAUGGGGAUCCAGGUCUCGAAGCUAAAAGACGGCUGGCAAGACGCAGAGGAGACAAUCGACAGACUCGAGGCCGAGCACCGACUGCUCGUGACUCGCAACCGGAAGGACAACCACCCCAGAAUGGUCUGGCUGGACGAUCCUACGCUCCAGGCCCCGCUGGAUCAGGACUUCAAGGACCUGUGGAAUCAGAUCGCCCUGCCGAGCGUGGAGGAUACGAUCAAGGAACUCCGCAAGAUGAACCACAAGUCGACGGGCGAGCCGGCCGUCGUGGACACGGGGGUGAAGAAACCAAAGGAGAAGAAGAAGGUGAGGAGGGGCACCAAGAUCACGAACACCCACAUGCAGGGUUUGCUUAGGGAUUAUUCGGGGAAGAACGAUGUGAAGAAGGAGAUCAAGACGGAGAGGCGGUAG